GUAAUUUCUUUUCUUGAUGAUUCUUUUUGUGACAAAAACUUAAAAAGAACUCUUUGAGAGAAUUGCCUUUUUUAUUAUAUAAAGAUUUGUUAUAUACAUUUUACUUUGUUAGUAAUUGUUAUUACAUAAAAAUAUAACAUCUCGUUUGGUACAAUAAAUCAUAACUUGAAAUAGUUAAACAAAUAACCUCAUUAAAACUAUAUAUUUUUAAUUUUCUCAGUUUCCUUAAAAAAUAUUUUUAAAAUUUAUUUAGUUAUACUAUUGAACAAAUAUUUAUUUAGGAUAAUUUUUAUUUUCUUUUGUUUUUGUUUCAACAAAUAUACUUUAGCAUCUACAAUUUUAGUAUAUGGCAGAACUUUAUAAGUAAAUUAUAUACAUGCUUUACAAAUUUUAACAUGUUUUUACGGUCAAUGAUAUUUUAAAUAAUUAAAAUAGUUAAUUUAUUAAUUUAAUAUAAUUGUAUAUUUAAUUCAUAUAUUACUUCUAUUUUAAUAUAAUAUAGGCUAUAAUUAAAAUAAUUUAUUAAAAUAUCAUACAAUAUUUUAUAGUAAAAUAUUAAUCAACAUUUAAUUGAAUAAUAUUAUAAUUAUAAUUACGAAAUUAAUUAAUGCAUUAUUAUAUAAAAAUAUUUAAAUUUGAGUAAGAUUUUUUUUUGAAUUUUUGUCAACUGAUUUUUUAUGAUUAAAAAUAAUAUUAAAACAACUUAAUAGGUGAAAAUUUUAUAUGUGUUGAUUAUAUACAAUGUGAUAUCUUAAUGAUACCAAAAUGAUAAUUAGAAAUAAAUGAAAUGUGAUUUUCUAGUAAAAGUCUUUUAAAAAAAAACACACAUGAAUCAAAGUUGUGAUUUCUAUUUUAAUAGAAUAGAUUCGUUAACAUCUAUAGUUUUAGUAUAGCAGAAUUUUAUAAGUAAAUUUUAUACAAGCUUUACUAUUUUUAACCUGUUUUAACUGCCAAUAAUAUUUUAAAUAUGUUUUUUAAAAAUUAAAUAAGUUAAUUUAUUAAUUUAAUAUUUAAUUCAUACAAUACUUCUAUUUUAUUAUAAUAUAGGAUAUAAUUAAAAUAGUUUAUGAAAAUAUUAUACAAUUUCUUAUAAUAAAAUUUUAAUUAACAUUGAUUUAAAUAAUAUUAUACUUCUAAUUACGAUGUCAUAUCGGAAAAUAAAUGAAACUGAAAACCAUAAUUUACAUGGUUUGGAGCAUUCAGUAACUACAUGCGUACAGGAUGUCUAAAUGGUAGUGGAUCAUUCAGUCAUUUAUAUUUUCGUGGAGCAGUCAGUAAUACAUAUUUUAUUUAUGAUGCACGCGAGUUUGUAAUUUAUUAUUAUAAAUGGAAAAUAAGCCUCGCCAGCAAGCAAGUCCAAUUAACUUUAGAUUCUAAAUACAUAUUAAAUUUGAUUUUUCAAAUAAUUAAAUUAUUUUAAUACAAAUAUAAAAUAUUUAAAAUAAUUUUCUGAAACAAAACAUAGUUUGAUAAUCUCUUUUUCAUCUUUACCUUAGAUAACUUUUUUUUUUCUGCUAAACUUUUCAUUAGAUAUGGUCUCCUUUGUCCUUCAAGUAAAAUGUUGUCCAAACAAAAAUCUUUCAGUAAAGAUGUAUCUACGUCAGUAAAGAUUCAAGAUGUAUGUACAUCCAAUAUUAGUAAGAGAUAUCUCGAAAGAGCUGUUAGAACCCUUUUUUUUUCAAAGACAAAUACCGCUAGGUCUUAAAAUUGGUUAGCUCUGUUCGGUUUCGGUGGUUUUCUCAGCACUGGAACCGAAUAUCCUUACUAGCUUACCUUCCUAUGCUUCUCUUGCAUGUUUGGUCUAGAAGAAGAGAUGAAGUCAUCUAAGGGGAGACGCAUGUUAGCGCGUGAAGAUCCUUUGCUUAGAGCUUUGGUGAUGGAGACCUCGGAUGUAGGUGAUGGUGGUUUGUCACUGAUUUCUUCUGGCAGCCGUAUGUGGUCGUAUUUUCAAAUUCCUAUAUCUGCAUCUCUUUGCUAGCUAGGUUUUUCUGACUCAGCGAAAGGUUCUUCAGGCUAGGGUCUCUCUAUGUCGCUUUUGUCUCUCCUCUGGUAGUUUAUGUUGUCAAGAUUUGUGCUUUUGUUCGUCAGCCUGCACGGAGGAGGGGGUUUGAUGGGCAUUUGGAUUUUGAUUUUGUGGUUCGUCUACUGAUAGACCAUUGAUUUUACCUACUUUUAGCUAUGGUUUAUAAGUGUUCUAAUAAUUAAUUAUUAUAUUCUAGAAUCCAUUUAGUAUAUUUAUAGGAUCAUUAGUGAUUUGAAAGAAAGUGACGUUUUGAAACAUUUUAGAAAUAUUUGGAGAAAGCAUCCGAGCUGACCAUCGAGCAAGACCAUUGGUCGACAUUCAGAGACAAUAAUCGAUCGAUGCACACCCUGUGACAUCGAUUACGGCGAAGCGCAGAAGCCCGUUUGGUUCCAGCCGACUUAUAGCCCAAGAAUUCACAAAUUUACAAGAUUACUUCUGAUGAGUUUUAACUUAAUUAUAUAUAGCUUGCCAACAUGUUAGAGGUAAAGUGUGCUUUCUUAUUUUUUUAUUUUCACAGUAAAGAUUUUCUAGGAUUUUUAGUAGAUUAGAGAGAAGAUCCAAAGAGAUUUGUGAUUGGAACUCCAUUGACAUCUGUCUAUUUAUCUAUGCAGUUCUUACACUUAAUUGAUGUUAUGAAUUGCUUAGCCUUGUCUGAGUAGUUUUCUUGUUAGGUUUAGGGUUUAAAUAGUUAAUGAGGAAUUAGCCCCAACUAUAGAUUGCUAAGUUGUGAUAUUCAUCAUUAGGAUUGUCAUUAAAGCAUUUUUCUAGUUUAGCUAGCUAGAACUUAAUUUAGGAGUUGUAGACUCAAUUCAUCACUUGCAUCUCACCAUGAAUCCAUCCUAGUUGAGCUAGGAUUGCUAGAGUAAGGCGAGAGCUGCUCUAGAAAGCCUAGUGAGCACAAUUCAACCCUUGCGUAAAGCUUGACUAAACGCGUCGAUCGAUAUUCAAAUCGAAUAAUCGAUCGACAGUUCGACAAGUGUAUCUAUCGAUAUUCCUAUAGAAUCAUCGAUCAACACUUAUAUCUGGUUAAUAGACAAACCUAAAAAGCGAGAGCCGAUCGGUUUGUUUAUAAGUGUUGAGCUUUAUAAUAUCAUGCAUACAACUUAUUAGGCAUCUGUAGGAUUAUAAUCCUGAAUACCUGAAUAGAAACUCUAAGUGUAGCUAUUUUAUCUAAGUACCAAAAAUCCAAAUCAAAUCAAUCGAGCAACUGCCUUGCUCACAAACCUACUAUUUACAUUUAAUCAUAAUCAACUUAGCUUAAUCACUCUGAUGAUCUACCUUUUCAUCUUUGCAGCGUCUACGUCGGUUGUAGUCUGCUGAGAGUGAAGUUUUGGCGGUGCUCAGGGAGCUUCUCCGGGGUUUGUUGAUUGGGCUUUGCUUAGUCGUGUGCUGCUUUGGAGGCAAUCAUUGCAUCCUCUUCACAACUCAACCCGUCAAAUAGUCUGAGUUUCUGUGUUUGCGGUGAGUUUCCUUUUCCUUUGGUUUGUUCAACGAUCAGUCUUGGUUCAUAGAGUUGGGAUCUGUGGCGUGUCUGGCGCUAGAUGUAUAUAUCAAGGAUUUGUUUGACGGAGCGGUGCAGCUGCUUGGUUUGAUGCAGUGUAGGUGUGACGUCUCCUCAUGUCUUUGUUUAGUUCUAACUCUCCUGUUGUUCAACUGUCCUCCUUUUGGUGUUUGGUUGGGUAGUGUCGUCGUUGCUACUUGUUCCCUUUUUAGACUUAUGUAUUUGGAGAUAUUUUCAUUUUUUGCUAUUUUAAUUUUGUUCAUUGUUCUUGAAUCCAGGGGUGAAUGUAGAGAAAAAUUCUAAUGGAUGCAUGAUGUAUAUUAGUAUAUAAACCAUAUAUUAUACAUACACAUAUGUAAAAGAUGUGAAAGUGGGUGUAUGGAACUCCUAACGAAAGAAUUUACUGGGUGCACUCAUUCUCAUCCGAUCUAAUUUGGUCAUAUAACAAGAAUUAUUAAAAAAAAAGAUGGGUCAUCAAUGUAGAUUCGCUCAAUAUAUAUCUUCAAAUUAAAAAAAGUUGUAGAUAUUAUUUUAAGACCAAAAAUAGUAUCGAAAUAUACAAAAGCAGUGAUUCAUAAUAAAAUAUAUAAAAGCUACCUUCCAUCAGUGGGUUCUAGAUGAGCAUCUUAUUUAUUUUUAUUUUUUGGUCAACAAGCAUCAUAUUUACUAAAAAUAAAAUGAUGAAAAACGAGACAGGCAAGAAUGGUAUUCCCUUUUUUGUCGUUAUGUGUUUGUGUCUUUAGAUCAUGGCCAUUUUGGUUAAUACAUAAUUAAAAUUAAAAUUGAAUAAAGAGGUUAAUAUCUAUCAUUAGAAAAUUCAAAUGGGCAUCUUAACUGAUGACCAUGCUCUGAAGACACAAACACAACACGAAAUAGAAAAAAAGACAAGUAUAUAAAGACACAAACAUAACUUCAGUGAUAACUUAAGAAAAGACAUCUCAUAGUUUCUACAUUUUCAGGAUUGAUCUAUACUCUUGAGUCUUGACAAUGACAUCAUCAUCUGUUCCUAUUUACUUGGGAGAUGAAGAUCUGACACAAGAAACAAGAGAUCUGCUUUCUUCUCUUCCAAGCGAGAAAGGUUGGUUGGUCAGUCAAAUCUAUCAAUUCGAAGGAAGUUGGCACACACAAGGUCUGGUACAAGGAAUCUUGAACUGCCAGAAAAACUUUAAAGCCAAAGAUUCAGACAUAAUCCUCGCCACCACUCCUAAAUCAGGUACGACUUGGUUAAAAGCUCUUCUCUUUGCUCUCAUUCACCGAGACAAGUUUCCUGUUUCUAGUAAGCAUCCUCUUCUAGCUACCAAUCCGCACCCCCUUGUGCCCUACUUGGAAGCAGAUUACCGCGUAUCUCCAGACGUCGAUUUCUCCGAGUUGCCUUCUCCAAGACUCAUGCAAACGCACUUACAGCAUCAUUCUCUGCCGGCAUCCAUUAAGAGCUCGUCUUGUAAGAUUGUAUAUUGUUGCAGAGACCCUAAGGACGUGUUUGUUUCCUUAUGGCAUUUCGGGAGGAAACUUUCUCCUGAAGAAACCGCGGAGUAUCCGAUUGAAAAAGUGGUUGAAGCGUUUUGUCAAGGGAAGUUUAUUGGUGGACCCUUUUGGGAUCAUGUGUUGGAGUACUGGUACGAAAGCCGCAAGAAUCCGAACAAGGUCUUGUUUGUUACAUACGAGGAGCUCAAGAAGCAGACCGAAGUUGAGGUUAAGCGAAUCGCUGACUUCAUUGGAUGUGGUUUUACUGCUGAGGAAGAAGUGAGUGAGAUUGUGAAGUUGUGUAGUUUUGAGAGUUUGAGUAAACUGGAAGUUAAUAGACAAGGGAAAUUGCCAAAUGGAAUAGAGUCUAACUCUUACUUUAGAAAGGGAGAGAUUGGAGGUUGGAGAGAUACUUUGAGUGAGUCCUUGGCAGAAGUAAUAGAUAGAACCACUGAAGAGAAGUUUAGAGGUUCUGGUCUGAAAUUUUCUUGUUGAAUCAAUCUUUAAAACUUGUUGUUAUGUUUCUGUUUUGCUUUAAUGGUGUUUCUGUAACCUUGUGCACUUGUUGUUGUUGUUGUUGUUUUCUUGUAUUUUCUGGUGAAUUGUUGUUGUUGUUUUCGUUUUUUAUGAGAGCUGGGGUUGAGUUGUUAUUGUUCUUCUUGUAUGAAUAAAAUGGAGUAUGUUUGUGUUUU